AUGAACUUGAUUCGAGAAUUUGAAAUGAAGAAAAUGAAGGAGUCUGAUGCUGUUAAAGACUAUGCUGCACAAUUUCUUUCAAUAACAGACAAAGUUAGGCUGCUUGGAAAACAAUUUUCUAAUGAGAAGAUUGUUCAAAAGAUAUUGGUUACACUUCUUGGGAAAUAUGAAGCUAUAAUUUCCUUUCUGGAGAAUUCAAAGGAUCUGUCAACUAUUAGCUUGACAGAAUUAUUACAUUCCUUGGAGGAUGUGGAACAGAGAAGACUCAUAAGACAAGGAGAUACUGUAGAAGGAGCAUUUCAAGCAAGAAUGCAUAAAAAUGUUGGAAAGAAGAACAAGAAGAAGAACAACAAGCCAAGCAGCAACAACUAG